AUGUCGGGCGACAAGCGACGCUGGUCAAGCAAUUCUCGCCACACGGCGGGGAAAAAAAGCCGCAGAGACAACGCAGCAGAUGGCUGGCACCAGCAGCAGCGCCGGCGGGAGUGGCAGCAGCGCAGGCGGCAGCGGCAGCAGUGUCCAGCCGCCGCGCACGCUGCCCCCGACGCCACGCUUCAAGAGCUUCAGUUCGUCUUGCCUGCACAGUCCGACGACCGAGCUGCACACGUACUCGGACGUGUCGCCCACGGACUUGGCGGCCACGCCCACGUGGCAGGAUCGGCCGACGUCUCGCUUCGUGUUCUCCAUCUCGCCGCCCAGGGCCUCCUCGUGCCUGGGCAACCAGAGCCGCAAGAGUACCGGCCCCUGUGCGCGUCGUCCGGCGACGGCGAACGUGCCAGGGGUGGCAGGGGUGUGCGUGGAGGAGGACUCGGCACAGCGACCAAGGAGGAAGAAGAGGAGGACGUUAGCCGGAAGGCGCGCUGGAUCAUCAUUACCACCGCCGUGUCGCUCUUUGUGAUGAGUGUGCUCCUCGUGGGCAUCAUGCUCCGGCUGGCACCCGUCAUCGACGACCUCGGUGAGUAG